AUGGUCAAGGUUGCUGUUGCUGGUGGAACGGGCAACGUCGCCCGCGAAGCGAUCGAUAAAAUCCGCGCACAGAACAAGCAUGAAGUCACUCCGCUCAAGAACGAGAGCCAAAACGACAGUCUCGUUCAAGUGGUGCAAGUUGACUACAGGGACACACAAGCGCUAGCUUCAAUCUUGACUGGUACAGAUGUAGUGUUGUGUUUCUUUGCGGCAUUGGACCAGGAAUCUACCAUCAAGAGCUCGAAGAACCUUAUCGAUGCCUGCGUUGAAGCGGGAGUUAAGCGCUUCGCCCCUUCGGAAUGGGCAUGUCGCAAUAACGCGUACCUGCCGCACUACCAGUACAAAGACGCGAUCCGCGCGUAUCUAGAGGACAUCAACAAAGACAGGUUGACACUGGAAUACACACUGUUCCAGCCAGGCCUCUUCACAAACUACUUCGCGUAUCCACACUCGACUACGCGCCACUUCUCCGUAAGUCCAUGGUUCGUCGACUUCGAGAACCGCCGCGCUAUCAUAGUUGGUGAUGGGAGACAAGUCUUCACCACAACGACUGUCGAGGAUUUUAGCAGUGCAGUGGCCCAGUCGCUCGACUACGAGGGCACGUGGCCUGUCAACGGCGGCGUAGUAGGGUCCCGCAUCACGGUCGCGGAGCUGGUAAAACUCGCGGAAAAGCUGCGCGGACCCAUCACAGUCGACAGUCUUGAUCUCGAUGAGUUGAAAGCUGGUCAGUUCAACGCCUCCUGGGUCCCAAUCAUCCAGCACCCGGGUAUUCCUGACGACCAGCGCGAGGCGAUUUCCAGAUCUGUUAUGGCGGCGUAUGUGCUUUCUACAGCGCAAGGAGGGUGGGAUGUCCCAGGGGAGUGGAACGAGAGAUUGCCUUCCUUUCGUCCUACGAGCGCGGAGGAGUAUUUGAGCAGGGUUUGGGAGUCGAAACCGUGA